UUCACAAACACCAACAUGGCCAAAUUACCUGUUGCAACGCUUGCAUUGAUUGGUUUCAUCGCUUUGCUUGGCAUGAACGAUGCUUACGUCAUCCAACCUCGAACUUUGCAGCGAAUUUUAAAAGAUCAAGCUAGAAUCACCAAAGAAGGCAAUGCUCCCUUGAUAACAGCUGAUGGAAAAGCUAUUUGCACAACAACUGAAUGCGUCGUCGCAGCCGCUGCUCUAAUCGAAUCGAUGGAUCUGACUGCCGAUCCAUGCCAGGAUUUUUUCCAGUACGCUUGCGGCGGAUGGAUCGAAAAACACCCGAUCCCCGACUCGAAAUCGCGCUGGACCCAGUUCGACAUUUUGCGCGAUGAGUUGACCGAAAUCCUCAAAGUGAUUUUGCGCGAGCCAAAUGAUCCAAAUGAUGCCAUUCCCGUUAACACUGCCCGCGACAUGUUCACUGCUUGCUCCGACACCGAAACUAUCGAAACGAUUGGCCUCCAACCACUGACUGAUCUCUUGGCUCUUUUCGGUAACUGGCCCAUGACUCAAAGCACCUGGGAUGAGGCUUCGUUUGACUGGAAGGCAGCCACUGUCGCUGGCCGCCAAUUGUACGGCACCUAUUACUUCCUCACCGUCUUCAACUACCUCGACUCUGAAAACACUGACCAAAGCACUAUCUACAUCGAUCAAAGUUCGCUGGCUUUGCCUCGUUCUAUCCUGGUUAAUCCGUCUGGCUCCCCCGAAGUUAUGUCGGCAUAUUCCGAUUACAUCACCGGCACCGCCAAAGCCAUCCGAGACUACCUGAACACUGGAGCCACUGAUGCCCAGAUCGACGCUGAUGUUGUGGCAAUGUGGACUUUUGAAUCCGAAUUGGCCAAGAUUACAACACCGGCUGAAGACCGUCGUAACAUCACUCGCUUAUACAACCCCUUGUUGGUUAGCGAAGUUCAAGCAUGGACCGAUAGCGUUCCAACCAACACAAACAACGGAAAGAUCAAUUGGGAGGAAUAUCUGUCCAAUAUCUAUAGUUUGGCUGAUAUUACGGUUCCAUCGACUGAGCGCGUCAUCGUUACCGAAACGGAUUACUUGAAGAAACUGGUCGCUCUUCUAGAUGUCACACCGACUCGUACUCUUGCUAACUACAUUCACUGGCGCUUCGUCAAGGAUUUGGGAGGUUACACCAAUCAGCAAAUGAGAGAUCUAGCUUUUGCUUUCUCUAGCGCUUAUUACGGCACUACCCAACCUGAGGCUAGGUCGACAACGUGCGCCAAUCAAGCCAACAACUUGGUCGGAUUCGCAACAGGUGCCAAGUACGUCGAAAGAGCCUUCGAUGAAGCCGCAAAAAUUGAGACCACUCUAAUGAUCGCCAACUUGAAAACGGCCUUUAAAACUUUGGUGGAUGAUGCCACUUGGAUGGAUGAAGGCACGAAAGCCAUCGCACGAGAGAAGGCUGAUUACAUGAGUGAAUUUGUUGGUUACCCAGAUUGGAUCAAGGACAAGGCUGCUCUCGAGGCCUACUAUAACGGGUUGACAGCUACAACAGCGACUCACUUCCAGAACGUGCAGAAUGCCAAUUCAUUCCUCAACAAAAAAGAUUUCUUGACUCUGCGAGGACCGACUGAUCGUACCAGAUGGAACACCUACCCUUCCAUCGUGAACGCCUUCUACGAGCCUCAAUUGAACUCAAUCACUUUCCCCGCUGGUAUUUUGCAACCUCCUUUCUACGGAUUGGGUCGUCUGGCGAACAUGAAUUACGGAGGCAUUGGAAGCGUCAUUGGACAUGAAAUUACCCACGGUUUUGAUGAUCAAGGUCGCCAAAGUGACAAGUUCGGUAACACGGCCAACUGGUGGACUCCCGAAACUUUGGCUAACUACCUGGAACGUGCCCAAUGUUUUAUUGAUCAGUACAACAACUUCACUGUGGCCAGUGGCUCACACGUUAACGGUGUGACAACCCAGGGCGAGAACAUCGCUGAUAACGGAGGUCUGCGUGAAGCUUAUCGCGCUUACAAUUUCUACGUGGCAGCCAAUGGAGCUGAGCCUUUGUUGCCUGGUUUGGAACAAUUCACAUCCGACCAAAUAUUUUUCCUAUCCUACGCCAAUCUUUGGUGCGGAGUUGAAACGCCCGAACGUCUCGAAGAACAGAUCUUGACCGAUCCGCACAGCCCGAGCAGGUUCCGCGUUAUUGGCCCGCUCUCCAACAACGAGGAUUUCGCCCGCGAAUUCAGUUGCCCAGCCGGAAGCCCAAUGAACCGCGUCGAUGACUGCAUUUUGUGGUAAAAAUUAGUUGUCAAGUAUUUUUUUUCUUUGGCGGUUGACAUUUACCCAUCCGAUCCUGAUGAAACAAUAAAACAAUUUACCAUACGCGUAAAAUAAAAAAAAAUAAAAAAUUAUGUCAAUUGAAUAUGCUAAAUAAAAUAAUGCAAGAUACUAAA